CCAAAUCUGGUUCUAUUAUAUAUCUGUAUUACCAAAAAAAACAGGAAGUAUCAUAUUUGAAAUUCAUCUCUCUCUCUGUAGUAUCUUAUAUUUUAAUCUCUCUCUCUCUAAUCUCUAAUAUCUUGUAUUUUCUAAUUCAUCGCUCUCCCCCUCUCUCUAAGGUUUCAGAUGUCAUAAUUAAACUUCAGGAUCUCACUUUCUCUCUCUAGAUUUGUACGUUUAAUCCCUUGUUCUAUCCUUCUCUCGUUUUAGGUUCAUUGUUCGCUUUCCACAAGUUUACUCUCUCUCUCUCUCUCUCUCUCUCUCUCUCUCUUUCUCUAUCUCUCUCUCUCUUGUGAGCAAUGCUUUUCACUUCUCUCUAUAUAUACACAUUCUUCUAUUCUGUUCUGCAUGAGUUUUCAUCUCUUGAUUAUCUCAGAGAAGAGGUUAUGUCUUUUGUAUUUCUCUAUCUUAUUUCCAAUCUUACUCGACUUAUUCAGCAUUGCAGUUCUCAUGAAGCAUUUAAUGUCAUUAUUUCUGCUUUUAAAUCCGGUUUUUGCUUUUCUUUGAGUUGAUUUUCCUGUAGUGUAAUUGAAUUGCUGUAACUUUUCAGUUCUGCUUUUGAAUCUCAAUUUUAAUUUUUAUUUGAGCUGAUUUUCCUGUAGUCUAAUUGAAUUGCUGUAACUUUUUUAUAUUUAUGUCACUGUUUUUUCUUUCUGUUCAUCAGUUCAUCUUACUAUGAAAAUGCUUGACUUUUUUAUAAAUAUGAUUGUAAUGUAAUAGAGUAGAUUAAAAAUAAUUGAACGACUUUAUCCCUGUAAUUUAACUGUAUUUAAAAAAAUUGGAUUUUUCCUGUUAAAGUUUCUGACAUAGAUUUGUAAUUGCUGGGAUUCCUGUAUAGAGAGAGAUAAUGCGUGCUUGCCAAAGCAAGAUGAAGGCCCAAUGCAAAGAAAUUAUAGGAAUUUACUUAACAAAAAGAUAAAACUACUCUCUUGAUUGUAGGCUUUGAUUUUACUUAACAAGUCAAGAAAAAACUAUUCUUGUGAUUAUAGGGAUUUACUUAACAAAAAGAUAAAGGCCCAAUGCAAAUAAAUUAUAAAAAAAAGCAAAAAAAGAGAAAAAACUAUUCUCUUGAUUGUAAGCUUGAUUAUUGGUAUUUACUUAACAAAAGGUACAUACUUAUCCAAUGUACAACAAUAUAAAAAUUAGAAAUUUAAGAUUUGAAUUUAAUUAACAAACUCUGGUAAUCCCAACAGAUUUUGGCCUCAUUUUCUAACUCAGUAUAUACAUCUGUUAUGAUCUUGAGUGCCUCUCUUUUGUGUUUUAGUUUGACUUAAUCUCUUGUAAUGAUCUUCACUGUUAUUUGACUAUUUUAGUGAGUUUCAUUUCUUGCGUAGGUUAAUUUCGGUGAUUUUGAUGUAAAUUAUCCGUGAUUUGGAGAGCUCUGAUGCAUGCCUUCUGGAGCUUUAUGCGCGAAACAGGUUGUUUCUAAAGCUAUAGAUUGAAGCUGAUGGCUCACUGUCAAUCCCACCAGGCUCGCCCUCAGUUCAUUUCAAGUAGUGGAAAUGAUAAUCUUCCCAAUGCGCCUCUCAUUGAGAAUGGAGAACGAAAACAAAUCAUCGUGCCAGAUAGGAAGAGUUGGAAGAAUUUAUUUUCUUACGUGGGUCCUGGAUUUCUUGUUUCAAUUGCAUAUAUUGAUCCUGGAAAUUUUCAGACUGAUUUACAGGCAGGAGCAAGUUACAAGUACGAGUUGCUAUGGAUUAUAUUAGUAGCUUCAUGUGCAGCUUUGGUAAUUCAGACCCUUGCAGCGAAUUUAGGUGUUGUAACAGGCAAACACCUAGCAGAGCAUUGUCGUGCGGAGUAUCCGAGGACACCUAAUUUUAUACUGUGGAUUCUUGCCGAAAUCGCCAUAGUGGCAUGUGACAUUCCAGAAGUCAUAGGAACAGCAUUUGCUCUAAACAUGCUAUUCAGGAUCCCUGUGUGGUGUGGAGUUCUUCUUACUGGGUUGAGCACUUUGAUGCUUCUUGCGCUGCAACAAUAUGGGGUGCGCAAACUUGAAUUUCUCAUAGCUUUCCUGGUGUUUACAAUAGCAGCAUGUUUCUUUGGAGAACUUGCAUAUGCUAAGCCAAUUCCCUCCGAAGUUCUAAAAGGAUUAUUUGUUCCUCAACUCAAGGGAAAUGGUGCAACUGGCCUUGCAAUCUCCCUUCUCGGUGCCAUGGUUAUGCCGCACAAUCUGUUUCUCCAUUCAGCCUUGGUGCUUUCUAGGAAAAUUCCUCGAUCAAUUAAUCGAAUUAAAGAGGCCUGCAGAUUUUACACCAUUGAAAGUGCAUUUGCUUUGGCUGUGGCAUUUCUCAUAAAUGUUUCAGUGAUUUCUGUGAGUGGUGCUGUAUGCAAUUCCUCAAAUUUGAGUCCAGAGGAUCAGAAGAACUGUGAAGACCUGGACCUCAACAGGGCUUCGUUUUUGCUUAGAAAUGUUGUGGGUAGUUGGAGUUCGAAGCUUUUUGCCAUUGCUUUGCUGGCAUCGGGUCAAAGUUCCACAAUAACAGGAACAUAUGCAGGACAGUAUGUCAUGCAGGGCUUUUUGGAUCUGCGCCUCACUCCAUGGAUUCGAAACUUUUUAACUCGAUGUCUGGCCAUAAUACCAAGUCUUAUUGUGGCCAUUAUUGGUGGCUCUGCUGGAGCAGGGAAGUUGAUUAUUAUCGCAUCGGUAAGAAGAUCCUUACUCAUAUUUGUUCUUUCUAGCUCUAUAAGAAGUUGCAAUUUUUUCAUUAAAUGCUAUACAGCCCAAUAUGGAGAAAUUGCCUCCACAUGUUUGCUUCUAAUGGUUGUCACUUGGAUCAUUGGUUCAGCCAUCAUGGUAAUCAAUGUCUACUAUCUCGUCACAGGCUUCGUCAAGUUCCUUAUCAAGGGCGAACUUUCAAUAGUGGCCACUGUCUUUGUCGGAAUACUGGGAUUUUCAGGCAUGGCCAUGUAUUUGGCAGGGGUUGCAUACUUGGUGAUUCGAAGAGAUCAGAAAGUGACAUAUCUUUUAUCACCUGAGGCGCCAUGCCUUGUUCGAGGUGACGACACACAAGCUGGUAACGGCGAGAUCGUUGCUCUACCAAGAGAAGAUAUUGUAAGCAUGCAACUGCCUCAAAGAGGGGCUGGAAGGGAAAUGGACUAAAUUAUGGAAACUCUCUCUCUCUCAGUUGAGUGGGACAAACUGAAUCAUGGAAGACUCUCUCCCUAUGUUCAAUGUAAACAUUAGCCACUUCUGGUUUUGAUAUGAACAAGAGAAGUGAUUGCUUACAUAAUAAUAAAUAAAAUCCUUCUUACCUGCUUUAGUUU